GAGCCUAAACCCCCUCCCACGCCCCAGCGCGCCGUGUCGGGAUAGUGGCAGUAUAAAGUAUAUCUUCCAGCCGAGACAGAUAAGAAGCGCCAGGCUAUAGAGGGGAUGAAGAUGGCGGACGCCAAGCAGAAGAGGAACGAGCAGUUGAAGCGCUGGAUAGGAUCGGAGACGGACCUCGAGCCGCCCGUCCUGAAGAAGAAGAAGACGAAGGUGAAGUUCGACGAAGGCGCCGUGUUUCUGGCCGCCUGCUCGAGCGGCGACACUGAGGAGGUGCUGCGGAUGCUCGACCGCGGCGCGGACAUCAACUACGCCAAUGUUGACGGACUCACUGCGCUGCACCAGGCCUGCAUAGAUGAUAAUGUGGACAUGGUGACCUUCCUGGUGGAGCAUGGAGCCUGCAUCAACCAGCCCGACAAUGAAGGCUGGAUCCCCCUUCACGCUGCCGCUUCCUGCGGAUACCUCGACAUCGCUGAGUAUCUUAUCAGUCAAGGUGCAAGCGUCGGUGUAGUAAACAGCGAGGGAGAAACGCCAUUGGAUAUUGCAGAAGAGGAGGCCAUGGAGGAGCUUCUACAAAACGAGAUCAACCGGCAAGGCUUGGAUAUCGAGGCGGCCAGGAAAGAGGAGGAGCAGAUCAUGCUAAGGGAUGCACGACAGUGGCUUAACAGCGGCCAGAUCAAUGACGUCCGGCACACCAAGUCUGGGGGGACCGCGCUGCACGUCGCUGCAGCCAAGGGAUACACUGAGGUUUUAAAGCUUUUAAUCCAAGCAGGGUAUGAUGUAAAUAUUAAAGACUACGAUGGCUGGACUCCGCUCCACGCUGCUGCACACUGGGGCAAAGAAGAGGCCUGCCGGAUACUAGUAGAGCAUUUGUGUGAAAUGGACAUUGUCAAUAAAGUGGGUCAGACGGCAUUUGACGUGGCGGAUGAAGAUAUCUUGGGAUAUUUAGAAGAGCUGCAAAAGAAACAUAAUUUGCUUCUAAGUGAAAAGAAUGAUGUUAAGAAGUCUCCUUUAAUAGAAACUACGACUACUGGGGACAAUAAUCAAUCUGUGAAACCACUGAAGAGUAAAGAAACACUUUUACUGGAGCCAGAGAAGACUGUCCCACGAAUCGAGACUCUGGAGCCAGAGAAGGUGGAUGAAGAAGAGGGGGAGGGGAAGAAGGAUGAGUCUAGCUGCUCUAGUGAGGAAGAGGAGGAGGAAGACUCGGAGUCUGAGAACGAAGCAGACAAGACCAAGUCUUCUGUUCUGUCGAGCAUUUCUAACAGUACACCUGCAUCUGCUACUAUCACCGUAACGUCUCCAACUACCCCAAGCAACCUGGUGACCACCCCAACCUCACCUACCAAAAAGGUGAGCACACCUGAAGGGAAGGGGUCUCCUAAAGAGGAGGAGAGGAAGGAUGAGUCUCCUGCAUCAUGGCGACUGUGCCUGCGGAAAACUGGCAGUUACGGAGCACUGGCAGAAAUCAGCACAACUAAAGAGGCACAGAAAGAGAAGGACACAGCCGGGGUGAUGCGCUCGGCCUCUUCUCCUCGCCUCUCAUCCUCACUGGACAAUAAAGACAAGGAGAAGGAGAAGGAGAAGACACGUCUGGCGUAUGUUGCACCAACCAUCCCGAGGAGACACGUUAGCACAUCAGACAUCGACGAGAAGGAAAACAGGGAUUCGGCUGCUAGUUUGGUACGUAGCGGCUCGUACACCAGGAGACGCUGGGAAGAAGACCUGAAGAACAGCGACGGGACCGCCUCACAAAACAGAACCUCCAGCUAUCAGCGCAGUACGUCUCACACGCUAGCGUUAGGCCGCACGUCUAGCUCUCGUGACCUGCCUGCCAAAUCCUCCUCUGCCUCCAGCCUGGAACCUAACAACUCUAAAGCCUGGCAGCAGCCUUCCUCCUACUACCAGUCUUACAGCGUUCACCGCAGCGGAUCGUUUGGAAGGAGGCAGGAUGAUGCUUUAAGUUCCACUUCUUCCUCCACAACAACGACCUCCACCACCACCUCUGUUACCUCACCCACCGGACAUCGCAGCCUGCUGUCCAGGUAUUGGGGAGAAGAGAGUACAGAAAAGGAAAAGGAGAAGGAGAAAGAGUCGGCCGCGGUCAUCCCCACAAUCAACACUGCAGCCACCACCACUACCACCUCCACUACUGGAACUGUGCUGGGCUCUGACGGACGAGAGAGACGCAGAUCAUACCUCACCCCUGUGCGUGACGAAGAGUCUGAGUCUCAGAGGAAAGCCAGAUCCAGACAGGCACGGCAGUCCAGGAGGUCCACACAGGGUGUGACCUUGACUGAUCUCCAGGAGGCAGAGAAGACCAUCGGUCGCAGUCGUCCCACAUGGCCUCGAGAAGAGGAGAAAGAAGAGAAGGAGAAACAGGACAAGGAGAAACAAGAAGAGAAGAAAGAGACCGAGACCAAGGAGGAUGACUACAGGUCACGCUACCGCAGCUUUGAAGAGAAGUACCGGAGCACCUCCUUGGCCUCGACCACCUUGCCUUCCUCCGCGUCUAGCAGCUCCUCUUCUCUAUACAGCACCUCCUCUCUGAACCGGCCCAACAGCCUGAGCGGUCUCACUUACACCUACAGCCGCACCUCACGCGACACGGAGAGAGAGACUGAUAGAAAAGAAAAAGAGGACGACAAGGACGCUGAAGACAAGUCUCAGCCACGCUCUAUACGCGACCGCAGACGACCUCGAGAGAAACGACGCUCGACUGGAGUGUCCUUCUUGACUAUGGAUAGCGACGAGAACGAGCCAGAGCAGCCGUCAGACUCAGAAGGCAGCACUAAAGGAGAGCCUCAGAGUGACAGACUAUCCAGGUAUGACCCUGUCUCUACUAGUACUUCCUCCCUCGACCGUUACGAGCCUUUGAGUAGCCGUGGCAUUGGGGAGAGCCGGCGGGCGUACUCUCGCUUCGAUAGAGACGACACCACUGAUUAUAAGAAGCUUUAUGAGCAGAUUUUAGCUGAAAAUGAGAAGUUGAAAGCUCAGUUACGUGAUACAGAUAUGGAGCUGGCAGACCUGAAACUGCAGCUGGAGAAAGCCACACAGAGGCAGGAGCGCUUUGCUGAUCGAUCACAGCUGGAGAUGGAGAAAAGGGAAAGAAGAGCUUUAGAAAGGAAGAUCUCUGAGAUGGAGGAGGAACUGAAGAAUCUUCCUCAGGUAAAGCAGGUGCAGUCUCUGCGUCAGUAUAACGAGCGUUUGCAGGCAGAGAACAGGGCGCUGGCCCGCGUGCUCUCCAAAAUCUCGCAGGGCUGCAGCCACCUGCCCGCCGCAGACCUGUAGACCCGCCCCCACCUCCCCUUACACCCCUCCUCAUGCUCCAUUCAGCUCCGCCCACGCCCAUAUAAAGACGCUACCAGACUUGAAAGCAGACAACCAGAGACUAAAGGACGAGAACGGAGCGCUGAUCCGAGUCAUAAGCAAGCUUUCCAAAUAGACCCGAGCCUCCCCACGACCUCCGGCAGUAACGGUAUUGCACAUCUAGAUAUUAACACCAGACAACGGCGACAAGAAGGCUCCGUGUCGGUCCCCAGCUUCCCCUCGCUUCUCGGCUCCAGCACCUCCCCACUCACACAGAACCACUGCGUUUACAGAACUAAGGAAGAGCGUUAGACCAGAGACUGGCAUUGAACACUGCGGGCGGGGAAAGCCUCGAAAGACUAUUGAACCAAUAAGCCUUAGUUGUACAUACGUCACUUGCAUCAAAUUUCUCUUGGCUGUCACAGAACACCUGAUUUUAUUUGUGCCACACUUUUUCCUUUUUUUCUUUUUUUUUGUGAUCUAUCCUUUUUAUUUUUUAAUUCUUGUUUGCUGUCGUUGAUUUUUUUUUUUUGCUCCGCUCUUUAAUCUUUCUUCCUGUGUAGAUGUGUUAUGCGAUGUGCAGCUCUCUCCUUCCAUUUCCUUCUACCCCUGUCCCGAAUGGCGCCAGAAGUCCCGCCUCGUCCUCGGAGGCACUGUCUCUCAGCAGAAGACUUCCCAGCAUUCUCACGCAUGCUCCGCACACUUCCUCCUCUCUCUCUUUCUCUCGACGGACCCCUGGCUUCACCGAUUAGGUGGACCUCAUGGAACCGAAGCUGUCACUUAUGUGCAAUAUAAGCGUUUCUUUCUCUCCAAAUGCUUUAAGAAUGUUCACUCUUUCACCGCGGUUUCCUUCCCCCCCCCCCCCCCGACUUUCUUUGAGUUUGUAGUGUAGUCGUUGGUUUAUAUCUUGUACUCCUCACGUUGUUUUAGCAGGUACUGAGUGAAGUUGUAUAUACCUGUAUGUAUCGUUUGAGACCAGCACAUGGCAUGCGUUUAUGGUUCCCUGUCUGUUACUAUUGAAAUAUACCAACUCCUGAGGACAAAGUGUGUUUUAACUAUUAACUUCUUCUUUUAUAGCUCAAAAUCUCAUUUGGAUAACAAUAGAGCCGCCCUCUUCAGUUCUUCUGAGUUUUAUAAGUGUUCAUGGUAAUUGUAAGAUGAUGAUAAUAAUAUAAUUGCUUCACUACAUUUCACACAUUUGAUUCAGUAUCUUUGGAAGAGUGCUGUUUUUUUUUUGUGUCCUUUUCCUGUUUAUUUUUAUUUUUAAGCUGUAGUAUUAGCCAAGGUGUUGUCACUAAAAAGAAGAUCCUAGAUAUUGCUAACCCAGUCCUUUUUACAAUGUCUACAUGCACUGUCAAUGCCAUGUCAGGAGUCUUGCUGUCCGGUUUAGCCAACUUUUGCCACCGCGUCAGAUGAAGUCCAUGCAUCGGAAACCCGUUUUAUGCAUUUCAGUGGCCUUUUACUUCAAAUACUGUAGUUGGAAAAAAAAUGUCGCUGUAGUUGGACUGUCAGCUGUCUCCUCUUUGGUUUAGGUUUUUAAUAUAUAUAUAUAUAAUUUUUUUUUCUUUUUAAAUUUCCCAUGAUCUUGUAAAAUAGAUGUGUGGCUUCAUCCGUGCAAGCUGUGCUGUGACUACCAACCACUGAGAGUUAAUUAAAAUAAACUUGUACAUUGUAAAAAUU